UUUGAUGUUUUUUCUGAAAAUAUAAUGUGGCAACGCUUUUAAGAGGCACAUUGCGCCGGCAAAAUAUACAUGUAUAUUUUUGUUUUUUAUUAAUUUAAUUGAAUAUAUUGCAUUAUUAAAAUGGCUGUUUACUGCUUUGACUUUCUGGGCUUCCAGGAGACCCUCAAAAAGAUGCGAGAUGUAGAUGAUAAAAUUAUAUACGCUCUCAAUGCACUUCCAACGGAGUCGUUCAAGGGUCAAGUGAAUAGUGAGAGUACGUGCCGGGAUCUGUACGCCAAGCUGCAGCAAUCCCAUCUUUCUAGGCAAACAAACAUACGCAAUUGCAUAACUUUGUCAGCGACAACGCUGAAGAAUCUACGCGAACAACGGGAAUCAAAUCCCAAUGAUGUGGAGACUGAUAGCAAAUUUAAGGCUGAGCAACGAAAGUUGAGAGUACUCCAAGCCGAGCUUAACGUCGAGGAUAUUAUAAAGGAGCGAACAUACAAGGCAUUUAAUGAGCGUUGCAGAUCAUAUUUCCAUGCUGAAUAAAGAACUUGGGCUAGAUGCAAGCACAUAAACAACUAA